UGUGGCUAUGGCUCGCAGAGUCUGAAAAAGGUAUUUCUUCCCUCGAUGCUUGUUGCCCAAGCUAUUCUUAACAUUGACAUUCCACAGAGCUUGGCCUACCCAUCACCGACGAGGCCAUUGAACAGAUGAAGAACCAUACUACAAUCCAGGAUGAUGAGUUCAAGGUUGCUGCUGAGGAGGAGAAGCGCCGGAGACAUGAUGUCAUGGCCCACGUCCAUGCCUAUGGCCAAGUUGCCCCCGCUGCUGCUGGUAUCAUUCACUGGGGUGCCACCUCCUGCUACUGCACCGAUAACGCCGAUCUCAUCUUCCUGCGCGACGGCCUCGACAUCCUCAUUCCCAAGCUUGCAGUUGUCAUUGAUAAGCUAUCUGCCUUUGCUAAGGAGUACAAGGACUUGCCCUGCCUCGGUUUCACUCACGGGCAGCCCGCCCAGCUUGUAACAGUCGGAAAAAGAGCUUGUCUGUGGAUUCAGGACUUGCUGAUGGACCUGAGAAACCUUGAGCGCGCACGCGAUGAUUUGCGCUUCCGUGGUGUCAAGGGCACCACCGGUACCCAGGCCUCCUUCCUUCAGAUUUUCGACGGAGACCACGAUAAGGUUGAGCAGCUCGAUGAGCUCGUUACUAAAAAGGCUGGAUUCGAUUCUGCAUUUAUUAUCUCCAGCCAGACAUACUCCCGAAAGAUUGACGUCGAUGUCGCCAACGCUCUCGGUUCCUUCGGAUCCACCUGCGAGCGCAUUGGUAUCGAUAUCCGUCAUCUGGCCAUGCUCAAGGAGGUCGAGGAGCCAUUCGAAAAGGAUCAGAUUGGCAGCAGCGCCAUGGCUUACAAGCGGAACCCCAUGCGGUCCGAGCGUCUGUGCUCGCUUGGACGACACCUCCAGAACCUCCCCAAGGACGCUCUGGAUACCUACUCCGCUCAAUGGUUCGAGCGCUCAUUGGAUGACAGCGCCAUCCGCCGCAUCAGCAUUCCCGAGCUUUAUCUCUGCGCUGAUGCUUGUCUUAUCCUCCUCAACAACGUUACCUCUGGGUUUGUUGUGUACCCCGAGGUUAUCAAGCGCCGUGUGAACGAUGAGCUUCCUUUCAUGGCAACUGAGAACAUCAUCAUGGCCUGUGUGAAGAAGGGUCUCUCUCGCCAGGAUGCCCACGAGGAAAUCCGUGUCCUCUCCCACCAAGCCUCAGACAACGUCAAGAAGCAGGGAAAGAACAACGACCUCCUUGAGCGCAUCCGCCGUACCCCCUUCUUCAACCCAAUCCUCGCAGAGCUCGAUGCCCUCCUCGACCCCAGUACCUUCGUUGGCCGUGCUCCUCAGCAGGUUGAGAAGUUCACUUCCACCGAAGUUAAAAAGGCCCUGCAGCCUUAUGAGUCACACCUCGUCAAUGCCGAGACCUCUGCCCUCUACGUUUAGAGUUUUUCAUAUAAUACUAAAUAUUUAUAACCCUGUUAAGUUAAAACGCGAACUCAAAAACGGAUCCUGUUGUCAGAUGACAGAAAUAGAUUCCAUUUGGGAGAAAAUAUCUGAGAAGACUUACUAUACAGAGAUUUUGUAUUAAAAAACACAGGCCGGGGCCAAAAGGCUAGAAGGAAGGAAUGGACUUGAGUGUGUGCAUAAUAAUGAUUUGAUGGCAUGAGAUGAUUAAGUUUUUUUUUACAAUAGCUAACUAUCCAUAAAGGCCCUGCCUGGUAAGCAUAAACAAGCAGUGUGAGGAGCAG